CCCACACUACCCAGAUCCGGACCUGCACAGGGAGCCGGGCGUUUGUUGCUGGCGUGAGCGGCGUUCUGGGCUGAGGUCGGUCCAGGCACCACCCCGGGGAGUCCCGACCCGAAGUUGCUGUCCGGCCGUGGCAGUUCCGGAGCCUCCCGCCUGCGGCCAGCGGAACCCCCGAGGCCUGGGUGAGCUCCUGACUUCCUUCCUGAGGGCAUAUGGCAUCAUUCUCAGGUGGUGUAAAAGUUUCAGAGCUGCUGAUUCUGAGGGGUGCAAAGCAGAAGGGGCUUCCUCCUGGCUCCCAUUUUCUUCUCUCAGAUUUGGCUUCUGGAGACUUCUCCCAUCCUAAGGGGAAACUGCCCAGAAAGAGGACAUGGCUACUGAACAGAGGGAAGCAAGGUCUCAGCGCAGCAGUUAUUACCCCCAUUUUACACAUGAGGAAACUGAGGCUUAAAGAAGUCAAGUGACCUGAAAUCAAACCCAGCUGUCAGUGACGUUCGAAGAUGUGGCUGUGCUCUUUACGCGGGAUGAGUGGAGAAAGCUGGCUCCUUCACAGAGAAACUUGUACCAAGAUGUGAUGCUGGAGAACUAUAGCAACUUGGUGUCAUUGGGACUCCCAUUUUCCAAACCUGAGGUGAUCUCCCUGUUGCAGCAAGGAGAAGAUCCCUGGAAGGUAGAGAAAGAAAGCCCUGGAGGCUCCUCUGUAGGAUGUAAGAGCAGUCCUAAAACCACAAAGUCAACUCAAACUCAAGACUCAUCAUUUUGGGGGCCAGUAAGGAAAAGACUCAAAAAAAAUGAACCCUGGAACUUCAUAUCAGAAAAACCCUGUAUAUAUGAAGACAGAAUAAAGAAACAGAAGGAUAAAAAUGGAAGUUUACAAAUAAUUUCAGUCACCCAUACAAAGAUCCUCACUGUAGAAAGAAGCCAUAAAAAUAAUGACUUUGGCCAGAAUUUCAGCCUGAAAUCAGUGUUUGUUAAGCAACAGAAGAUUGCUAGAGAAAAAACACCCUCAAAAUAUGAAAUGCAAAGAAAUAGCUUCAGGCAGGAUUCAAAUUUACUUAACCAACCAAAAACCAAGACAGCAGAAAAACGCUAUAAAUGUAACACUUGUGAAAAAGCCUUCAUUCACAAUUCAUCCCUUCGUAAACAUCAGAAAAACCAUACUGGAGAGAAAUUAUUUAAAUGUAAAGAAUGUUUGAAAGCCUUCAGCCAAAGUUCAGCUCUUAUUCAACAUCAAAGAACUCAUACUGGAGAGAAACCCUAUAUAUGUAAAGAAUGUGGAAAAGCCUUCAGCCAUAGUGCAUCCCUUUGUAAACACCUAAGAACCCAUACUGUGGAAAAAUCCUAUAGAUGUAAAGAAUGUGGUAAAUCCUUCAGCAGAAGGUCUACCCUUUUUAUACAUCAAAAAAUCCACGCUCGAGAAAAUCCCCACAAAUAUAACCCAGGAAGGAAGGCAUCCAGUUGUAGCACAUCCCCUUCUGGAUGUCAGAAAAUUCAUCUCAGAAAGAAGUCCUAUUUAUGUAAUGAAUGUGGCAACACCUUUAAGUCUAGUUCAUCUCUUCGUUAUCAUCAGAGAAUUCACACAGGAGAGAAACCUUUUAAAUGUAGUGAAUGUGGGAGAGCCUUCAGUCAGAGUGCAUCUCUUAUUCAACAUGAAAGAAUUCACACUGGAGAAAAGCCUUAUAGAUGUAAUGAAUGUGGAAAAGGUUUCACUUCUAUUUCACGACUUAAUAGACACCGAAUAAUUCAUACUGGAGAGAAACUGUAUAAUUGUAAUGAAUGUGGUAAAGCCUUAAGUUCCCACUCGACACUCAUUAUUCAUGAGCGAAUUCAUACUGGAGAGAAACCAUGUAAGUGUAAAGUGUGUGGGAAAGCCUUCAGACAAAGUUCAGCUCUCAUUCAACAUCAGAGAAUGCAUACUGGAGAAAGACCCUAUAAAUGUAAUGAGUGUGGGAAAACAUUCAGGUGUAACUCAUCCCUUAGUAAUCACCAGAGAAUUCAUACAGGAGAGAAACCGUAUCAAUGUCUGGAAUGUGGGAUAUCCUUUGGCCAAAGUGCAGCUCUUAUUCAACAUCAAAGAAUUCAUACAGGAGAAAAACCCUUUGCAUGUAAUACAUGUGGGAAAACUUUUAGGCAGAGCUCAUCACUUAUUGCACAUCAAAGAAUUCAUACUGGAGAGAAACCCUAUGAAUGUAAUGCAUGUGGGAAACUCUUCAGCCAGAGGUCGUCCCUUACUAACCAUUAUAAAAUUCACAUUGAAGAGAACUUCAAAGUGGAUUUGCAUGUGUGAAAUCCUUAAACCAAAGCUCAUUAGAAUAUAGUUGGCACUGCUUAUCUCUGGGUUCCACAUCCAUUGAUUCAAAUAACUGCAAAUUUUAAAUAUUCAGAAAAAAAAUUCCAGAAAGUUCCAAAAAGCAAAAUUUGAAUUUGCCACACACCGGCAACUAUUUUCUUAGCAUUUGCAUUGUAUUAGGUAUUACAAGUAAUUUAGAGAUGAUUUAAAGUAUAUGAGAGGAUGUGCAUAGGUUAUAUGCAAAUUCUACACCAUUUUAUAUAAGGGACUUGAUCAUCCUCAGAUUUUGGUAUCUGUGGGGGGGUCCUGGAAACAGUCCCCCGUGGAUACUGAGGGACAACUGUAUACAUACUUGAGAAUGAUUUAGUAAAUGUAAUGAAUAUGAUAAAACUUCUAUUUUAAUUUAGUCCUCACAGUUAUUAAAGUCUAAGGAUAAACCUUGACUGUGUAAUAAAUACGUGGGACACUUUCAUACCUGUGAGUCACUUUUUAAAAUAUCCUGAGACAAAUCACAAAAUAUUGAUUUUGGCCAUUUGUAAGAUAAAAGGUAAGGUUUUUCUCUUUAUACAGCAUUAUACACUUUAUGCAACAUAUAAACAGAAAAAUCUGAGUGCAGGGGUGCUGGAUUUCUCAUUAGAAACCAACUGUAUAAGCUAAUAGCAUAUUUGUUACAACUAACAUUUUAAUAACAAAAUCUUAAAAUAUAUGCAUUUAUAGAGCCAAGGACCAAAUAAUAGAUAAAAAUAAACUGCAAACUACCUCAGUCUGGAACUUGCCUUUUCCUAAACUGUUGUCAGAUUUUGUGUGUGGUUUUCAUCAAAAGAGAGGCAAAACAAAAACCAAAAAACCCUCUGUUCUCUUCCUCCUUUAUUUUUCUAGUUACUUCCAAACUACACCUGUUUCCCAAAUUUUUUAUGCAAUUUCUAAUUUUGUUUUCAGAAUUUUUCUUUGUUGUAUUGAAGUCAUAUUUAUUCUACAACUGUACUUGCUAUGUUCUAUACAGCGUGCUAAUUUAAGUAGGAAAAAUAUACUUUGAUUAGGUAAUCACUUUAAAGUUAAAGCUAUUUUUUUUAGUUCGCUGCAGAAGAAAUCCUAAGAACCUAGCACCUGUGGCAAAGUCUUAGAAAGGGAUCAAUGUCAUGAAAUAAAGGCAUGUUUUCCCCACUUGAGGUUUUCUAGUUUUUAAAAAUCUCAGACUCCAAAGGAAAAUAAAAGAAGGGAAAGAAUUCUAAACCUUUUAAAAACCAGUUUACUCAGUAAAUGUUUGUUUAGCCCCUGAGCCAGGUAUUAUUCCAGGCACUGGAAAUUGUUCAGGAGAAAAGAACAGGCCUUCAAGAAGUCAUGAAUUGAGGGGCAAAAGGAGGGGGUUGAAGAGGUAACAAAGUAAGUAAAUUACCAUGUGUUAGAAUAGUUUUCACAGAGAAAUAGAUGAUACAAUGAUACUAUGUUACAGAACACAAAUGCUGUAGAGAUUUGUGCAGGAUGCGGAAAGAAGGAAUGGACCUAACAAAAGGAGCCCGAAAGGACCAGGGACAGUCAUGCCUGAGCCCAGUUUUGGAAGAAUAAUGGGAAUUCUCCAGAGAGUGAGAUGAGUGCUUCAAGGGAGGGAUCCACAUAAGCAAAAGCAAAGGUGGGUGACAGCAUGACACGUUUGUAGAACAUCUGUUGAGUCGUGAGAAUGACAGGUUGAAGCUUGAGAAGAAGGCAGAACUGAAGGUCUUACUGCCAUCCUAAAGAACUUGAAUUUGAUUCUGAAAUUUCUAGAACCAAUGAAAGAUUUUAUAUAAGGGAAAUUGUUCUGGCAAUAAGGUGUAGAGUCUGAAUUUAGGAGGUUGAAGACAGCUGAGCAGACAAGCCUAGAAGACUAGAAUUCAGAGUAACUAAAAUACACAGUUGGUAGUCAAAACCACGGUAUGUGAACUUGGCCAGCAGAGUGUACAGAUUAGAAUGAGAAGCAGGGAUCAUGGAUAAACCCCACAAAAAACAUCAGUAAAUAAGGAGUUGGUGGAGGAAAAGGAAUUUAACUAAGAUGAAAUGGAAUGGUCCUAGAGAGAAAAGCUAGAAGAGUGAUGUCACCGAGCCCAAAGGAGAACUGAAUCUCCAUAGUGUCGGGUGCCACAGAUCACAUAACAGAGUAAAUUGGAAUUGGUAGCUAGAAUGUUGGAGACCUUGGCAGGAGCAAUUUCUGUUAAUUAGGGUGAACAGAAGCCACAUUAGGUUAGAAGAUGAGAACUAGUGGGCUAUUUUACACUAUGUUUCAAGAAGUUUAAAUGAAGGGAAGAAAAGAGGGUUGCAUUUAGAAGGGAGAAAAUUAGCAUUUCUGUGUUAAUAAUUGAGGCAGUGUAUACACAUGUUGAAGAUGAACUAAUGAAGAGAUCAUUGUGUGGAACAUAUUUUCUGAGAGAUUAUGAAAGAAUUAGAGCAUAGGUGGAAGAAUUUACCUUAGGCUGGAGAGAAAGAUAGCCUACAGAAAGAUAGGAAUGCAGAUAAGUUUCUGUUUAAUUUGGAGGUGCAGGAAUUUCUAUCUGCUGACCUUAUUUUCUGUAAAGCCGGAGAAAGAUUUCACUUUUUAAGAUGUUGACUGUAGUAGCAAUUUUUGGAUCUUUGGGUGCUUAAAAAUGUUAAUGAGUUUCAGUCUGUGUUUUGGAGACUUUAGGAAGUCAUGGCUCUGAGUUCACUCUAUACUCCUGUUUCAGUAAGAAAGCGCCACUUUUAUUAGUUCUAUAUGUUUGAUAUUUGUGUUAUUUUUUGUGUGUUUUUUUUAAGAAAAGAAUUUGCUGGUAAAUUAAAGUUUAAAAAGUACUUAGGAUAAGAAAGAAUGCUUUAAAAGAGUGAUAAGUCUGAACAGAGACUGGAAAGGAUAAUAGGAGUUCAACAAGUGUGUGGAGGUAAAUGGAAAGACAUUCGCAUAGGGGAAAAGUUUGUGCAAUGGAAAGGAAGCAUAAGAGGACAUGAUGUCCUCAGUGUACUCUUGUAAGUAGUAUUUUUUAAACUUCAUUUUCCAAUUAUUUGUUACUAGUACAUAGAAAUACAAUUGAUUUUUAUAUAUUGACCUUAUAGCCAAUAACCUUGCUAAAUUGACUUUUUCUAAUAGCUUAUUUGUAGAUUCUUUGGAAUUUUCUGCAAACACAAUGAUCAUCUGUAAAUAGUGACCAUUUUAUUUUUCUCUUCUAGUUGUAAUACAUUUAAAAAUUUCUUCUUACAUUAUAGUACUAUAUACAAGCUAGUACAAUGUUGAAUAUGAAUGACAGCAUUCAUUUUUCACCAUUUAAUGAUGUUACCUUUAAUUUUUCUGUGGAUAUCUGUUAUCAGAAUAGAAACAUACACCUGUAUUCCCAGUGUGCUGUGAGUUUUUAUCAUAAAUGGGAGUAGUAUUUUGUCAUAUUUAUUUUCUGCAUUUAGUGAAAUAAUCAUAAUUGUUCUCUUCACACUUUUAAUAGGUAAUUAUAUGGACUGAAUUUUUAUGCUAACCGAUGUUGCGUUCCUGAAAUAAAUUCUACCUGGUCAUGAUACGUCAUCAUCUACGUUGUAUGUGUUUAUAAGAUCAGGUUUCUUCCUUAAUAAGUAGAAGCUUGAUGAAGUGACCAAGAUGUGUUUAAGAACUCAGAGCAAAUUUUUUAUCCAAAUCUGAAGGAUGGAUGGAAUCAUAAUACCUAGAGAGAGGAAGGGGAUGGCAAGGACAAGAGUACCACAGGAGCAAAAGGCUCAGAAGGAGAGUGUAUGUAGCAUCUGUAGAGACCAGUAGGUAAACAAGCCUUGCUGAUGUGGAGGAUUCCUGAUAGGAUAAAAGAAAAAAAUAAUAUUGGAAAUGAAAGCUAGAGUUAGGUUUUUAGAAACUUUAAAUGCUAUCUGAGAGUACAGGAGUUUGGAUAUGAUCCUUAGAUAUUAAAUCAGAGUAUAUUUCUGAGGAGCAAAUGGCCAAUUUGAAACCUGUUUUAGGAAGACUGAUGGGGCAGAAAGUUCAAAGUUUCUGGCUUGAGAAACUGGCUGAAGGAUGGAUUCUUGAGAAUAGGAGUUUGGGACAGUCUGUGAGAAAUGUUUAGUGAGAAGAUAAAAAAACAAAAACAGAGGCUAGCUCUGCUCUUGGUGCCUGACAGUUGUCCUGCACAAAUUGACAUACCACAGAUGCUAAAAUUGUUCAAGCUGACAGUGUUACUUUCUUUUUAAUUAAGGUGCAGUUAUGCUUUCAAAAUGAGAACAUAUAAUUUCAGUUAGUAUUGUAAGUCAGUAAGCUUCAGGUUAUAAAAACAGUUGCUUAAGGAAUACAACUUUCAAGAACAAUUUUUAAAGUUUUGUUUUCUUUGAGAGAGAGAACUUUCAAUGAGAGCAUUGGACAAAAAGUCAAGAGAUCUGUCUUUUCCUGCCCCCAUUCUGGUUCAAGUUACAUAGUCCCUGGCCUUUUCAACCCUAGAAAUUCCACUUUGUUUUUUCAUAUACUGCUUUACGGUUCCUAAUGGUAUAGAUUAACUCAAAUUUUUUAAUGUUCAUCUUAUGUAUUUUGGGGGUAGAAACAUCAUUAGUUAGUAACAAUAUUAGCAUAUAUUGUUAGAUAAAAUAAUCCAGUUAUAACAAACUAAAAUUUUCAAUCUAAAAAUCAAAUUGUUCUAGGAAGAUGGAGUAGGCAGAUAUAUACUUUUUGCUAUUUUCCCACUAAGUACAUUUAAAACCCCUGUAUAUUAUAUUUUAAACAAUCAUAAGAAGAUUCUGAAAAAUGGAGAAAAGCAUAUAGGCCAGCUAGGAACCUCAGGACCAGUGAUACGGUAGUUCUUUUUGCCUCAUAUAUCCCAAAUGUAGAGCUGAAGAAGCAGGAACCCAGAAACAGCAAGAGACAUAGACACAAAAAAAUUUACAAAACCCCAACAAAGCCUACUUUCAUUAGCCAAAGGACCAGGAAAGGGGUGCCCUAGCAAGACAGAAAACUCUUAGGUAAUAACCACUCUACUCCAGCCAAACAACACGGAGAAAACUGGUCCCAUCACUACACACAUCAGCAAAGGCUGAGUGGAGAGCCUAGACUUCCACCCUUAUAAGACUGUAAAGAGGGGCCAUAAAACUUUGCUGGUGGUGCCAGAAAAGGCCAAAAGCUAGGACAUUCAUUCAUGCCCAGUGGUAAUAACCUCUCUUCCCAGCAAUAAUAGUGGACACUACAUGGGGAACUGGGACACCCCCCUCCCUUCCACUCAGUAGUGAGAGUGUCGCAUCCUCUCCCUGCUGGGGUGGUAUCAGAGGGGGCCUAGUGUAGGGACAGAAUUUUUACCACUGCCCAACAGUGAUGAGGCCAUACUCCCACCCCAUAGUGCCAUUGGAGGCCAAGUAGGGAGCAAACAAGGCACUCUUUAUCUGUCUCAGCCAGAGUGAUAUCAGUGAAGACUUAGUGAGGAGCUAGAAAUCCCACCCUCCUCAAGGAAUAAAAAGGAGACCCUUAACUCCUUGGGUGUCUAGGGAGGCCAAGUGGGAAAGCUGAACUUCUACCCCACAUGGCCAUUAUGAGGUGGAACUUCAUAAUGCCAUCUUUGCUGUAGCAGUAUCAAAGCAGUCAGCUGAAGCAAAAGAUUCAAAUAAGAUCCAGAGUUUCAUAACAUAAUUUGCAAAUUAUCCAGAAUUCAACAAAAGACUUUCAUCAUACCAAGAACCAGGAAGAUCACUUGAAUGAAAAAGACAAUUAGUAAACAUCAACAAUUAGGUGACAGAGAUGUUAGAAUAAUCUAACAGAUUUUUAUAGCAGCCAUCAUAAAAAUACUUCGAUGAGGGCUUCCCUGGUGGCGCAGUGGUUGCGCGUCCGCCUGCUGAUGCAGGGGAACCGGGUUCGCGCCCCAGUCUGGGAGGAUCCCACAUGCCGCGGAGUGGCUGGGCCCGUGGGCCAUGGCCGCUGGGCCUGCGCGUCCGGAGCCUGUGCUCCGCAACGGGAGAGGCCACGACAGAGGGAGGCCCGCAUACCACAAAAAAAAAAAAAAAUACUUCGAUGAGCAAUUUCAAAAAUGUUUGAAACAAAAAAUAGAGCUUUAUCAAAGAAAUUUAAGUCUCAGCAAAGAAGUAGAAAAGAUAAAAAAGAAACAAAUGGAAAUUUUAGAACUGAAAACAUGCAGUAACAGAAAUUUUAAAAAUUCACUGUAUGGGCUCAAGAACAGAACUGAGUGGAUAGAGAAUAUAUAUGAACUUAAAGCUAGUCUCCUGAGUCCUGUUUAAAAAUAUUGGUUCCUGGGACUUCCCUGGUGGUGCAGUAGUUAAGAAUCUGCCUGCCAAUGCAGGGGACACGGGUUCGAGCCUUGGUCCGGGAAGAUCCCACAUACCGCGGAGCAACUAAUCCUGUGUGCCACAACUACUGAGCCUGCACUCUAGAGCCCACAAGCCACAACUACUAAAGCCCAUGUGCCUAGAUCCCGUGCUCUGCAACAAGGGAAGCCACCACAGUGAGAAGCCCAUGUACCACAACAAAGAGUAGCCCCUGCUCGCCACAACUAGAGAAAGCCCACGCACAGCAACGAAGACCCAACA